AAGGUAAACAAAACAAAGGUUGCCGUUCCCCGUAGCGAGCAGGGACGGUUCGUUUUAUCGAUUUUUGGUUUCCAUAUCUCUGGUGUGAGUUUGUACAAGGGAGGAGUGAAAAAGCCCUUCCCGUUUCUUGGUGAAAACGUGGCCAUGAGUGACGGAAGCGGUGGUGGCAGUGUGCGACAGCGCAAGAAAAGCUCCGGCGAUGGAACCGGCAGCAGGGCACGCAAAUCAAAAACAACGGGCAGCACCACUUCCGGCAGCUCGCCGAGUGCCGCCCAGCAGCACCAGAUGUGGGCCCGGAUCGUACUGAUGGUGGGCAUCGCGGCCAUCGUGUACUUUACCACGUUCCGCACGCGGGAGAAAAAGUUUGCCACCCAGCGGGAGGUGCUCGAGCUGCGCACCCAGCCGCUCGACUGCUCCCGCCCCUAUCUGGAGGAAAUAUCCAAGUUUGCCGGCUGCAUCCCGAACCGGUGCGGCCGGUUCGUGAGCGACAAGAUCGUUUCGCCGGCCGAGGCCGGCAUACUGCUCGAUCUCGCCCGGGCCGGCUUCGCCCUCGGCCAGUCGGCGGGCGGCGCCUCCAUACUGGACCUGCACUCGGGCGCCCUCUCCAAGGGGACGCAGUUCGUGAACGUGUACCGGUUGCCGGAAGCGAAGCAGCUCUUCACCAGCCAACAUAUCAACGUGUACCGGCACGUCAAGGCGAAGGUGCAGCAGGCGGUGGCGGAAAACUUCCGCCUUAGCGCGGACGCACUGCACCUCACCCAUCCGACCUUCUUCUCCCGGCUGACGAACGCGACCGCCAAAACGAUCCACGACGAGUACUGGCACGAGCACGUGGACAAGGAAACGUACAACUCGUUCCACUACACCACGCUGCUGUACCUGACGGACUAUGGGAAGGAUUUUACCGGAGGUCGGUUCGUGUUUAUCGACAACGAGGGUAAGCACAACCGGACGCACGUGUACAUCGAGCCGAAGCGGGCCCGGGUCAGUGGGUUCACGUCCGGUGCCGAGAAUAUGCACCACGUGGAACAGGUGACGGGUGGGGUGCGGUACGCGAUCACCAUUUCGUUCACGUGCGACCGGGAGUACGCAAUGGCCGAUCCGAAGUUUGCGCUGGACGACGAUGAGGACGAUCAGAACGCGGAGGAGAGACCGGCCGAACCGUGAGAUAGGGCGGACACGGUGCUAGUGAUCCGUACGCUGGAGGAGUUUAGUGCGUAGACGACUGCUUACAUUCCAUGUUCCGUUCCAGUGUUCUUUAUGUUCCUUCUUCCUACGUUACAGAGAUACGCCGGUUUGUUUUUUUUUUUUUAGUUUUAACCAAAAUGGAAGCUGUAUUAUAGUAUUGCUAUGAUUUAAAGUAUUGCGAAAAAAACAGUAUUGAGAUGUUGCUUCACAUUUCACCGCUUUAAUUUGUAAUCGCAUAAUCCUCCAAGCCAUCAGCCACUGCACUGUUGUAGCCACACACCGUUGAUUCGCCCUUCUCCGCGCAAAAGCAAGCAGCAAUACGAACAAAGAUAGUUUUAACUUCAACAUCUACUACCACCGUCUAGUAGCACGUGGUAUUGCCAUACCAACCAAAUGAAAGGGGAAGCGAGCGAUCAAAGCCCUACUCGAUAGGCGUAAGUUUAAAUGUGCAUUUUUGAAAAUGACACAAAAGUAGCCGCGAGCCACGUGGGUGUGUAAAAUAAACAGUACAUUUAGCGUGAGAGUUAUGCUUCCAGUAAGUUCAAAUGUAGAGUGUGCUUUUCAUCAAUUUACAAUGCCGAAAGAGGAUUAUUUUAAACAAGUUUAAAAUAUUAAAAAAAAUGUUCUCAACGUUGUAGUAAAAAGUAUUUCAAUUAAAACGACUUAAACCACACCACUCUAUACCUGCUUUUGUUUGCCAUUUUAUUCCAUACACAUAUAUAUGUACAAAACGUUCAGCUUUCUCGAUCUCAACCUCUCUCUCUCUCUCUCUCUCUCUUUGCCCGCCUCGGUCACAUAAGCCACGUGAUGGUUCCAUGCGUUCUCGAUUGGCGCGUGCCAAAAGCUCUUCAUUUGUUACUGAAUCGACUCCAUUUUCCCCCUUUUCUCGGCGCAACGAUUUUAUUCCAUUCCAUUGUGUUGCAGGUUUGUUUGCUUCUUGGCAAAAGUUUGCUCACUAAAGUGCGCGGUAAAAACUGUGCAAAAGAGGAAGGAGAAGAAUCCAUCCAGCCUAAUAAGACGGCAUGGUGCGCUAGUGGGAGGGGAGGGUGUAAGUGCAGUUUUGUGCAGACUAUUGGUUUAUGUUUUGUUUUACCAUUUGUAUAAAGCUAUAUAGGUAUAAUUGUAUCGUAUCGCACACCAAUGAGAAUAUUGUGUCAGUUUGUGUGAGUGAAUUUCAUGGGGGUUUUCACAAUUUCUAAUAAACAGUGCUACUUUAAUAUGAUGUUAUUUCUGUUCUGCAGCUCUCCCUGCUCUCCUUUUCUAAUAGUACAUAGGAUUUGAUUUUGUUUAGGUAUGUGUUUAUGUUAUUUUACUUUAUUUAUUUUCACCUUAAUAGCUAAAACCUGGAUGUCCUUUUUUGUAUUUGUUCUCUAUAGCUUUCUCAAUCCUGCCAACGCUCUCUGGCGCGUCCCCGUUCUGCCUUCUUAUCGCCACUGGCUCUCUACCCUUUCAUGCCAUUUUUUUUUGUUUCUUUUGCCAACCUUUUUGCAUCGAUCCAUUUCCCCUCGCAUUUCGCUCCUUCAGAAAGGGAGAGUAACUUUUUAUAAAAGCGUACCCCACCUCCUGUCCAUCCAUCGUUCGACAUAUAGUAGAGAACAAAGUCAAACCUGCGCUUGGCAGGGGUGAACAGUUAAUUUAAUUUCACAGUUUUAAAACUGCACUUCUUACAUUUAAAAACGAAAGCAAAACCCAUUUCCCUCCAAUGUUUCCCUUUCCUCCCCCCUUGUCAUCCGUAUCGGCUCAACAAUUGUGAGAUAGAGAAAUGGCGAAAAGGGAUCGAGAGAAAAAGAGGGUCGAAUUAAUUUAAAUUUGUGAUGUUUUCUGUUAACUGGUUUUGUUUUUAUCGACAAAGUGUGUUUUGUUAAAAACUAAAAAUAUUCAUGCUAACAUAAGCAGCAAGCAUUUUUCAAAUUUACUCCUGCUAAAGCUUAAUCUAUUCUACAAAACAUUCAGCAGUGAUUGCAUUUUUUAAACGCAAAACGAUCCGCUUCCCAAAUGUUCCCUCCUUACACAUCUAUGUCACAUGUCGCACGUGUGCUGUUUUUGUUUAGCUUCCGGCUAAAUCGUCCCCUUCAUCCCGGAGCUGGGGCUGCUAACUGCUACGGGAUGCUACGGAAGCCACUGCUUACAGUGGCCGCGGUAGUAGUGGUAGUAGCAGCCAGUUGUUGUUGCUCUAAAACAAAAGCCAAUAGUUCUCCCCGUUUUUUUUU